AUGUGGAUCACGGUGGGUUUGGUCUGCUGCUUAGUCUUUGGAGGGCUACGUCGGGCUAGCGGCUCUUGUCCAUCUCAGUGUAGCUGCACCUUCCAUAGUCUCAGCGAAGGAACAAAAACCAGGACUGUGCUGUGUAAUGACCCUGAAAUGACUCUCACGCCUGUGAAUAUUCCUGUAGAUACAUCCAAGCUUCGGAUAGAAAAGACAGCCAUCAGAAGAGUGCCAGGGGAAGCCUUGCAUUCACUCCACAACCUGGAGUACCUCUGGAUGCCCUAUAAUUCCCUGGCCAGCCUCAGCAUGAUCACCUUCAAGGGCCUCCGUCGCUUACAGGAGCUGAGGCUGGAUGGAAAUGACUUAGUAUCUUUUCCCUGGGAAGCCCUUGCUGACAUGCCCCAGCUAAGGCUUCUGGAUUUACACAAUAACGAACUCACCUCAGUCCCCCCAGAUGCUGCUCGUUAUGUCAAGAAUAUCACCUACCUGGACCUGUCUAGCAAUAAACUGAUGACUCUUCCUCAAGCUCUUAUUUCCACUUGGGCCAACCUCCAGGCAGUUCCUUACUUUCCCAAUGAUAAUUCCAAGAUCAUCUUAGGUUUGCAAGACAAUCCUUGGGUAUGUGACUGCAGUCUAUAUGAAAUGGUCCAUUUCCUAAAUUUCCAGUCGCCUAACAUAGCAUUUAUAGAGCCCAGGCUGAAAUGCUUCACCCCCCGGAGUCUUGCAGGAGUCUUCUUCAGCCAAGUUGAGCUAAGGAAGUGUCAAAGCCCGGUUGUACAUACGUCUGUAGCCAAAGUAAAGACCAUCCUGGGCAGCACCGUCUUACUGCGAUGUGGAACAACAGGAGUGCCCAUUCCUGAGCUCAGCUGGAGAAGGGCUGAUGGUGCUCAGUUGAAUGGCACAGUGCACCAAGAAAUUUCUAGUGAUGGGAUGAGCUGGUCUAUUCUGGGCUUGCCUGUGGUCUCUUAUCUUGAUUCUGGAGAGUACAUCUGUAAAGCAAAGAAUUUCCUGGGGGCAACAGAGGCAUUCAUAUCCCUCAUCAUCACUGAUUCAGAAAGCACGGAUGACCCGAGCUCUAAUGCUAAAGGUGUUUGGAGUGGGAAGGCAAGCGGGAUGGAGGCAGCUGCCUACAAUGACAAGUUAGUGGCUAGGUACAUUAUCACCACCUCGACUGUGCCUACCCUGGGCACCAGAACAGGCUCUGAAGAGAACAUCAUCUUCCAAAAUGCAGCACAGAAUGACAAUUCACAAAACCUGCUGGUGAGUCUGCCUACGGGUCAGCAGGAGCCCGAGCGAGUCGUGAGGUCGGUCAGGGUGAUAGGAGACACUGACCAAAGCGUCACCCUGGCCUGGAAGGCGCCUCUGGCAAAGAACAUGACAGUAUUCAGUGUCCUCUAUGCCAUUUUUGGAGAGAGAGAGAUGCGUCGGAUCAAUGUGGAGCCAGGGAAGACCAAAGUCACCAUUUAUGGGCUGCUGCCAAAGACCAAAUACAUCAUGUGUGUCUGCGUGAAAGGACUGAUCCCCAGGAAGGAGCAGUGCAUCAUAUUUUCCACAGAUGAAGUUGCCAGCGCAGGGGGAACCCAGAAACUCAUCAAUGUGGUUGUGAUCAGCGUGGCCUGUGUCAUUGCUGUUCCUCUGACUCUAGUGGUCUGCUGCGGAGCACUGAAAAGGCGCUGCAAGAAGUGCCUAGUGCGGAAACCCAAGGAAAUUCAGGACUCCUAUGUCACCUUUGAAAGCCUGUCUCCUGGGGCCAAGGCGAAAGGGGUCGAAGGAGAAUACUUGACUAGACAUACCCCAGAUGAGUCUAACAGGCUGCUCUCUGCCCGCUCCAGUGUGGACUCAGAAGCAAUACCAAAGAUAGAGGGGCAACCUAAUGAAUACUUUUGCUGA